GGUGGCCUUUACAUGGAGCCGUUGUUUGACUCCUAAUUAGAUAGAUCGUGUCAUUGUGGCCAAUCAGAACUUGUUUUAUGUUCUGACUGUCGUUUUCUUCUGCCGCUAGCCAAUCAUAGUUUGCGCGCUGAGUAUGCUAAUUUCGUUGACACUUCAUUUCAGUCAUGCAUAGUCGGCCAUUACAAACCGAGGACUUGAACAGGUUGGCGUUCUUUGUGGAAUUGCAGAAACUCGAAUUCCUUUAGUGUUGCAGUCAGAGUCAAAAUGAUCACAGAAGCUUAUAGUUCAAGUUUUGCUCGAUUACUGUUCCCCGUCGUGAUCUUUGGGGUUUGUUUAUUUCCCUGCUUGUGCCAAAAGAAGUGUGAAUCAGUGACAAUACCUCUUUGCACAGGUCUACAGUACAACACCACAUUAUUUCCUAAUAUGUUGAGACAUAGAACACAAGAGGAAGCUGCUCUCGAAGUGCAUCAGUUUUUUCCACUGGUGAAAGUUGGGUGUUCCAAGGACUUGGCGUUCUUUUUAUGUUCGGUUUACGCUCCCAUCUGUACUGUCCUUGCGAUCCCGGUUCCUCCAUGCCGUUCCCUUUGUGACAGCGCUAGAGAUGGAUGCGAAGACCUCAUGAAGCGUUUUGGAUUUACAUGGCCAGAGUCCUUGUGGUGCGAAAAGUUUCCUAAAUUGGGCGAAGAAAUCUGUGUUGGCGAGAAUAUAACGAGUGGAAGUGGCCAAGGAUUGCCUACAAAGAAACCAGAAAGACCAGGAGAUGUGAACACUACGACGCAACCACUUGACAGGAGUUUAGUGCCGUUUCGAUGUCCAGAAGAGCAAGAAAUUGAUAACGAUCAUUACACGUUUUUCGGCAAGAAGAAAUGUGCGGCAACCUGUGAAAACAUUUAUUUCGAUGACAAGGAGAGAAAAAUUGCCCGUCUCUGGACUGGAAUAUGGGCAAUUCUCUGUUGCAUUUCAACCCUCUUCACGAUUUUGACUUUCAUUAUUGACAUGAGAAGAUUUCGAUACCCAGAAAGGCCGAUUAUAUUCCUCUCGGGUUGUUACUUCAUGAUUUCUGUUUCUUUCAUCAUUGGCUUCGCUGCUGGAGACUCUUUAUCUUGUACAGAAUCCAAAACUGGCUUUUCAGUCCUUGUCCAAGGAACUAAGCACGAGGGAUGUACUGUAAUAUUUAUGCUGCUGUAUUUCUUCAGCAUGGCUUCCUCUAUCUGGUGGGUUAUUCUAACGCUCACUUGGUUCCUGGCGGCCGGACUAAAAUGGGGACAUGAAGCUAUCGAAGCAAAUGCUCAAUUUUUCCACCUCGCAGCCUGGGCGAUUCCUGCGGUCAAAACAAUUGCGAUUUUAUUGAUGACAAAAGUUGAUGGCGACGAACUAAGCGGCGUUUGUUUUGUUGGACUUUCAGAUUUAAAUGCACUACGAGGAUACGUUUUGGCUCCGUUGUUCGUUUACUUUUUUGUUGGGGCUACGUUUCUUCUGGCGGGAUUUGUAUCGCUCUUUCGAGUGAGAUCCGUUUUAAAAGAUGAUUAUAGCAAGAGGGAGAAAAUCGAAAAACUAAUGAUUCGAAUUGGAGUCUUCUCGAUCCUAUACACUCUUCCAGCAAUCUCAGUAAUCGGCUGUUUAUUUUACGAGCAGGCAAAUCGAGAAAAAUGGCAGCAAUCUUGGUUUGAAGGUUGGAAGCACCAGCAGGCCUGCAUCGAUGAUAUGAAAGACGCGAAUUGUCCAAAAUACCCUAUAGUUCAUGACAAACCGGAUUUCACCGUCUUUAUGGUUAAAUACUUAAUGUUCUUGAUCGUAGGAAUAACAUCAGGAUUUUGGAUUUGGUCAAGUAAAACCAUUAACGUGUGGAGAAAGUUUUACUCCUCCGUAGUACACAAAGUGUUCAGCCAUGGAACAAACACGCCUGUAUGAAAAUCGUCUGUAAAGUUACUAGCGCCAUGCAAGAGAUGUAAGAUUUAGGUACUUCAUGCCAAAAACAGCGCCCGUAAAUUAAAUUUACACCAGAUGAUAAAGAACUCCGAGAUGGCAUUUUGCUUUAUCACGGCAUGGUGCCUUGCAAAGAACUCAAUUUCCAAAGCUUUUCAGACCAAGAGUUCAUGGUGGGAAUUAAUUUGCAAAUCGCGUGAUUGCUAAGGGCCAUCUUAGAAAGAACGCAUCUUGCCUCGAGUAACUUUAUCGUGUGUUUAGCAGCAGUGGAGAUAAAGUACGCGGAUUUCGUUUUAUGAAAUGGAAAUGUACAGUAAUUCGAUUUGCUCGAAAAAUGGGAUGAUGCAUUCUGUUUACGGCUUUUUUGUAAAGAACUGAAAUUGUAAAUUGCAUGCUUAAGUGCUUAUACCAGAUGGGACAUUUUACUUUGAAACAAAGAAACAAGUAAACUGAUAUGAAAGAACCGCACCUUCAAACGGAUUGUAAUAAUGUAUAGUAAUGAAAUACCGUAAUGUGAUUUCUCUCAAUUUCUACUGUGAUAUUACGUUGUAAAGAUAGUCCAAUGUCUUAGUUGAAAUGCUGACUUCAUUUAGAAAAUUAGAAAAUUUAGAUCCAAUAAUAUCCAAUACAUCUUUGAUUCUUCCCUUUCUGUAGCUUAUCCUAGAUAACAUCUCCAUCUGUUGAUGUAGUAGAAGUAAUCCUCAACUUUGAAUUUUCUAGAAAAGGAGAUUUGUUGCUUGCUUGUUUGUUUGUUUGCUGGGCUGAUGUGCUCUUUCGUUCUUAUCUAUCACUUUUUCCUCCAGUUUGUGAUAUUUUUUCUUUUUGCUUUGUUUAUUGACACUUGCAUACCUAAGACUUAAAGCAUGAGUACUGUCUAGAGAGGAAGGGUGUCUACUCCAUUUCAGGAUGUCAAAUGAGAGGAAUUCCAUCAGUCGCCCAUGUGUUUUUUCUCCUAAGCUACUUACUUACGGUAAUCCAAUCUGAUUUGAGACUCCAACUUUUCAUGUUCAUAGACUUAAUAGUUAUUUUUUUCAUUUGUAGAAAAAGAGAGGAAAGUACAUUUUUUGCUAUACUCCAGAUUGGACUACCUGCUCUUAUGUUAUUACAGAAGUGUGUACUUAGCCUCUUUAGCAGGUUUCUGUAAAGCGUUGUUUAGUUUCAUUUUUUACGGUCUUGAUUGUAGAUGAAUGGAAUGCUUUGAUGAAUAUCCAGUGAGUUCAACAAAACAUAUGUAUUAUGGACAGCCAUUCUGAUGUUGAUGUUACUUUGAUUUUUGACAUGUUAUGCGCUGAUUAAGACCAAUAUUAAAGCUUUUGUUAUAUACA